AUGGACGCGGCGGCGGCCCCGGCCCCGGGCGGCGGCCCCGGUACCCUGCUGCUCUGCCUGGCCCUCGCCUCCGGCCUGGCAUUCUUCAGCUGCGUGGGCGCCGACACCAACGUCACGGCCGGGCACGGCACGGAGGGGCUCGGCUGCGGCUCACCCAAGGGAUGCACAGGGAACGGGACGCAGCUGAAGCGGCAGGGCCACUUCUCGCGGUGCCCGGAGGAGUACCAGCACUACUGUGUCAAAGGGAAGUGCCGCUUCCUCGUGGCCGAGCAGGCACCGGCUUGUGUGUGCGAGAAAGGCUACACCGGGGCUCGCUGCGAGAGGGUGGAUCUGUUCUACCUGCGAGGGGACCAGAGCCAGAUCGUCAUCAUCUCCCUGAUCGUCGCCAUCGUCACCCUCAUCAUCCUCAUUGUCGGCAUCUGCCUCUGCAGCCACCACUGUCGGAGGCAGCGUAGGAAGAGAAAGGCAGAAGAGAUGGAAACGUUAAACAAGGAUUCACCUUCCAGAAGUGAAGAUGUGCGGGAAACGGGCAUCGCGUGAAGGUGCAGGGGAGCGGGGGCGAGACCGAACCGGUGUGACCGGAGCCCCGCACUCGGGUGGAUGCCGAGACCGACGGGCUCCGCUCUCUCCGCAGGAGCCCCCGGUACCUGCGGGCGGGUCCCGGACGGCAGCAGCGGCUGGCUCCAAGGGCGAGGGCUAAAGCGUGCGGCGGUUUGAAUAAAGGGGUGACGGAAAGGUGUCCCCGUGUCG